AUGAAUAUAACUAAACAAGCCAGACUACUCCAGGAUCUCAUUCGCUCUGUACGACAUUUAGACAAAGAUUUAGUAAAUGGUACAACCAAAAAUUUUGAUAUUAAUGGCAUUUACGGAUUUUACGGAACACCUCUACACAUGGCUGCGAGAAUCGGAAAUUAUGAAAUAUUUAAAAAUCUCAUCAAAAUCGGUGCUGACAUACACAAACGGAUACCGGAAACCCAAACGACAGUAUUACAUACGCCAUGGCUUCUAAAAAUGGCAAUAUCAUCAAGUCUUACCGCAGUUGGAGAUACUGCAUUGCAUAUUGCUGCUUCGAUAGGAACAAAGGAAGUUACAACAUUAUUAUUAGAUAACAACGCGAACGUCAAUGUUAAUAAUAUGCAGGGAUGGACUCCUAUCAUGAGAGCUGUUGGAGCCAAAAACUACGAAGCCAUGGAUACAUUAAUAGAAUAUUCGCCUGAUCUUUUUAACACAUAA